AUGGAGAUUCUGGGCAAAGGUCAAGAGGGCACCCUGCCCUGCCCGCCGAUAGCCCCCAGCCCCAGCUUCAUCUGCGUCACGGCCAAGUCCCCCAAAGCCAGCGCCCAGUUUGUGCUCCCGGAGACCUGCACCAUCCAGCAGUUCAAGGAAGACAUUGCCAAGCGCUUCAAGUGCGAGAGCAGCCAGCUGGUGCUGGUCUUCUUUGGGAGGAUCCUGAAGGACCAGGCCACCCUCCGGCAGUGCGGGAUCAACGACGGGAUGACCGUCCACCUGGUGAUCAGGUCCCAGCCGAGAGACAUGGAAGACCUGCUGCCUUACAGGCCCCGGAUGCCAGCCUGCCCCCAGGCCCCCUCCCUCGGCCCCACCCCGUUCAGCCUCGGCACGCAGGGCUCCUGGGGCCCUCCAGAGUCCCGCCUCGCCAGCCCCGAGUGGCUCCCCGUGCCCACCUCCGAGACGAUCGUCCAGAAGGUGCGGCAGGUGAUCCUGGCCAACCCGGAGAUCCAGCAGCUGGCCCAGCAGGUCCCCUCCAUCAGCCACAUCCUCAACAACGCCGACAUCAUGCGGGUGAUCCUGGACAAGAUGCGGGAGAUUAUGGACUUGGCCCGCAGCCCCGAGAUGGUGAUGCUUCCGGAGCCGAAGGGCCCCGACCAAGCCCUGGCCAGCCUGCAGAGCAACGUCCCCGGCGGGGACAACCCCUUGCGGCAGCUCAACAGCGAGGUGCAGGAGCCGGGGCUGAACCCGGGCCAAGACUGCUUCGGGCCCAACCCCUACGCCACCCUGGGGAGGGGCCCUUGCCCGUUCCCAGAGCAGGGCACCCUCCGGGGCCAGGAGUGCCAUUCCCUGGCCUCCCCCAGCACCACCAGCCUGGGCAGCGUGGAAGGGGGGCUCUGCAACGGCUGGGUGCGUCCUCUGGGGCCCAGCCCCUCUCUGCCCAGCCUGGCCUACUGCUCCGGGAUGGAACCCUUCGUCACCCAGAACCCGGACCCUGCCGAGAUCCCCCUGAUGAUUGUGAACCUCUGCAACGCCUACACCAAGCGCAUGAUGAUCACCCUCAUGCAGAACGCCCUGCUGGCCUCCCAGAACGCCCAGGCGGGCCAGCAGGAGCAGAUCCAGGACCAGGUGACCAACCUCUCCCAGCAGAUGCAGAGCCCGGAGAUGACGGCCGCCAUGUCCAACCCCACCGCCAUCCAGGCCUGGGUGCAGAUGGAGCAGGGCCUGCAGACCCUCCUGGGGGAAGCCCCCGUCCUCAUCCCGUGGUUCAUGCUGCGGCUGCGGGGGCUGGAGAGCGCCGCCAGGGGGGGCCAGGGGGCUGGGGCCCCGUCUUGCCCGGGCCCGGCCGUUGCUGAGUAG